AUGAAACAGCCGACUAGUAAGGAAGACAAGAUGAAAAACAGCAGAGAAACACUGAACAGCUUGUGUUCCGUUUCAGCUUUGCUGUUGUCUGUUGCUUGUUGUAUCGCUGUAAUUCACGUGGAACUCCGAAUACAAGAACAUCAUCGACUGAUAUCACACUCGGUAACAUUCUGUGAUCAGAUGGAAACGCAGAUUCUGAGGAAAGUUCAGCAGAAUUACGAACGAUGGCAAGUUACGAAAGCUGAUGGCUUAAAAGGUCAUUUGCAGGGGACAAAUGGUAAGGAAAGGUUUUAUAAAAUUUUUUGGUUUUUGAUGUUAACAUCAGCUUGUUUCAGAUCCUGGCGAUUAUGAAAAUUAUCCUUGUUUAACAUAAACGGUGCUUUAUCUUCAAAAUUCGUUCCAACUACCCGCUUAGAAUCCGCAAUAAGAGCACAGGCUUAUAAUCGGUGAGGCUGUCAAGAACAGAAUAGCCCUUGUCACGGUUUUCGACGCCAUCUUGACGAGUAGGCAAAUGUGUGAGAAAUUGCAGUGUUUGUAUGAGAAUCUAAUGUCGAAUAAUUUCAACAAAACGGCUGUUCUGAAUAAAAUAUCAAUUGUAAACUAAGAGGCUUGCUAGAGACCCUAGAGGCUUGCUUUAGAUUUUCCAUAUAUUUGUCUGUUAUUUUCCCGGGACUUUCUCAUGAAAAUUUUAAAAAGUCGUUCUAGGUCUUCUAGUGCAUGUAACGUACUUGAAUUUUUUCAGUAAAAUCCUUAGGAGCGAAGCUUUAGUUUACAAAUCAUAUUUUUUCAGAAGUACCGUUCUACGGGAAUUAUUCGACAUUAGAUUCUCAUACAAACACUGUAAUUUCUCGCGCGUUUGCCUACUCGUGAAGAUGGCGUCCAAAACCGCGCCGUAACAAGGUUUAUACAAUAAGAGCCAACAACCACCCGCAAAAUAAGUGAAUACAACUCGUCCUGAGUUAGUUUAAAAGUAUCACUGCACAUUUCGAACGAACGAUAUUAUAACAACCUUCAGCUACACUGAUACAGUAAAUGAAACCAAAAUUAGAGUUGUUCGGUUCUAUCAAACACAAAAUGAGUCCGUAUUUCCUUUGGGCUACAUACGAGGAGUUGGCUAUUUAGCAAAUGGACAUGACUUGAACUGAAGUGGGUGUACAAUGUUGGCUUAGCUCGGUAAGAAUUUAAAAAGACUGUUUUUUUGUGCUAACUCAGAGGAUGCGUGUCGGGAAGAAACACCAUCAAGGAAGCGGUCGUUUUUUUUAGAUUGUUUUCACUUUUGGGCGUUUGUUUGUCUUUUCUUUGGUACGAUAUAUAAUUCCAUUUUUACUUAAUCCUCAGAAAGGGCUUUAUUUAAUGUUUUGAAAGGUCUUGGCGAGUAUGAAAACGUCAAUUCAAGACAGAAAAGAGUGUCACCCGCUAACUCACGAACAAAAUCGGUCCAAACAGAAUCGCAAGUAAAACUACUCAUCAAAGAAGAGCUUCGUCUGCUGCAAAACCAGUUCUGUGCAAAAGAUGAAAAGCUUUGCCGCUCAGGACCAAAAGCUAAUGUAGGGCGACGGGGAAGACCUGGAUUCCGGGGGAGACCAGGUCCCCCAGGGAAGCCCGGGCCAGAAGGACCUCCUGGUAAACAUGGGCAAGUGGGACCUCCAGGACCCGUCGGCACUAAAGGUGAUCUCGGAGUACCGGGGAUUCUUGGUCCCAUGGGUCCUAGAGGCCCACCAGGUCAAAAGGGAACCAAGGGUGAGCCGGGCCAGUCCAUCACGGCUCCUUCUCUGCUGCAGAGUCCUCUUGAAACAACUGUCAAUCAAAGCCAGACGGCCAUCUUGAAAUGUUCAGCAUAUGGUAAUCCAGCUCCACAGAUCACGUGGUCUAAGAUGAACUCGCGACUUCCUGUGGGACGUCAUAAGGUAGAGUCCAGUGGUGCUCUGAUUUUGAAGGACGUGAGGCCUGAGGAUGAGGAAGUCUACAGCUGUGAAGCUAAAAAUUUACUGGGGAGCGUUAACGCUUCAGCUAAACUCACUGUACAUUGUAAGUAGACUUGGUAGUUUUCAUGUAGAGAUAAAACAAGAAUUUUACUUAUAUCGACAAUUAUCUCCGCAGCUCUGGUGAUUAAUUUUAGAAAAUAACAUUUUAAAGUGUACAGAACAAGGUUUUAAGAAAAGCUUGUUAAAUACAACAGCAGAAAUAUUUCACUUCAAAACAUGAUAUUAAAACACCAUUUACAAAUAAGUAUUUAAGAAAAAACCCAUUUACAGUCUUGCCAACUUAACUCGGAUACCCAGACAUUUUUGACUAAUGGAACAAGAAUUUUAUUAAUCGGCAUGCAAUUACCAGCGAAGUCUAAAACUUUUAAAACAAAAAGACAGAGUGGACGGAGCGGCGUUAAAGAGCUCGGAAAAAUUUACUGCUUCACCGGCCACAAUCGGAUAACUUUAAAUUAUGACGUUAAUACACAACUCAGACAGUAAUAAACAAACUGAAUUAAGAUUUAGAUUUACCAUUGGACCUUCAAUUGGAAUUAUACCUGGCCGGGAUACGUGAUUUGCAGAUUGUUUGAUACGGAAUAGUACAUUUCCGAAUUGCAAAAUUUCUUACUUUCAAGACAAGGGUAAGUGCAAAACCUUUCUUGUGGAAAUGAGUGUUACUUGUAAGAGAAUAAAAGAAAUGUGAUGAGAGAUUCUACAGUUUGAAAGGUAAAAAUUCUAUGAAGCUUAACGAAACUCAUUGUACAUUGUAAGUAGACUUGGUCAUUUUUAAAACACAAAUGGAAUGAGAAUUUUAUUAAUCGACAAAUACCAGCAGGUGUCCAGAAAUUAAACUUCAAAACGACAAAGUGGUUAAACAGAACUUCCGAAAAAAAUAACUAUAUAUUGACACAGUUUUGCCAACUUUGAAAUCUAGAUAUUGUUCUUUAUUAGUAGUGUGAAAAAGGCUGGCAGCCCAGACCGGAAAACCAUUUAUAUACUUAAAAUGAGCCACUCGUAAACAUGUUGGAGCGAAUGAUUUUCUAAAAGCCGUACUCUAAGUUAGAAUAAAUUUAAUAACCGGCCCUGAUGUUCUAUUUUUCGCCAGUUGGUCCGAAACUUUCAUUGUCAUCCAAUCGACUGAUGGCUGAAGAAAAACAAAACGUCACCAUCGCCUGCACUGCUACUGGUAAGCCGUCACCUAAGAUCACGUGGUCCAAGGCAGUUGAAAGUUUACCUGGAGACAGAAUCAAGGUGCAAGAUGGAAUCCUGAAAAUCUACAGUGUGACAAAGAAAGAUGGUGGAAUAUACAUUUGUAAAGCAGAGAAUAUUCUGGGAUCAGCAACAGACACUGCUCAACUCACGGUGUAUUCCCCGUUGCGGUUCAAAGUCCUACCACCUAAGCAGGUGAAUCCGAUUAUGUUUGGUUCCAUUCUCCGCCUGCCGUGUGUGGCCGAGAGUGACCUAAGUACUGCAAUUGCUUGGACAAUGGAAGGCGUUGGUUUUCUUCCUGCAGAAACGCACGUUCUGCAAAGCGGUACUUUGGUAAUUGAGAACAUCGGGAAAUCUCACAAGGGAUAUUACACCUGUACAGCGAGUAAUGCCCUCGCAACAAUAACGACUAAAGUUAAAAUCAAUUCUCCAGUGAAAGCUGCUUCCUGUUCUGUGAUUAAAAAAUACGUCAGCAGGGUAAGCGGAAAUUACGUCAUUCAUCCUGAUGGCGAGGGAGGUCUGGCACCAUUCACGGUGUUUUGUGACAUGACCGAUAAAAGUGGAGUUGGUGUGACAGUCAUUAGUCACGACAGUGAGAGUAGAACACAUGUCUAUGGAUGUGAAAAGGCGGGGUGUUACUCACGUGACAUUCAUUACACAGGAGCGAGUCUAUCUCAGCUGGCAAGUCUCACCAGAGUCUCUUCACACUGUGAGCAGUUUAUCAAGUACGAGUGUUAUGAUUCAAUGAUAAUUGCUGGUGGAUACGCCUGGUGGGUGUCACGUGAUUCCGCAAUGAUGACGUACUGGGGUGGAGCGUCACCCGGCAGUGGUAAGUGCGCAUGCGGGAUGACCAACUCAUGUGCGCGCUCCAGUGAAGUUUGUAACUGUGAUAAGAAUGACGCAAAAUGGCGUGAGGACAGCGGUCUCCUGACUGAUAAGACAAAGCUUCCAGUCAAACAACUCAGGUUUGGUGAUGUGAGUACCGGCGAGGAAGGUUACCACACCCUGGGGAAACUGAAAUGCUUUGGUAUUGCAUGACGAUGCACUACCUUGUACCAGGAAAACUAUAUCAUUCAUCAGUUUAACACAGCCUCAAACAAUUUUAUCCUACAUUGUUAAGUUGUAUCAUUAAGUAGUAAAUUAACAGAGCGAAAGGUUCUAUUCUGCAAGUGGGAUAUUAACGUUACCUGCGAAAGUGGCCAAUAAAACUGAAAGUUUAAUGGAUGAGGGCGCGUAAAUCUUUCUGUCUAGCUGGCACGAAUUUGGCAAAUAAUGCCUUUGAAUAAAGUUUUCCUGAUUCACUAGUUUAACUGUUAAGAUGUAGAUUAAAGCUUUGAAAAGACAGCCUCUUCAAUGCUUAUUACGGUGUGCACACUGCUUUUAAAAUAUCCUCUGUUUGGAAGAUGACUAUAUUUCAAGUGGUCUAGGAAAGNCCCCCCCCCCCCCCCCCCCCCGCUCCCCACCUUCCACACCCAGAAGAGCUAAUGUUCGUUUCUUUUCCGCAUGUACCCGUACCCCGAUCCCCGAGAGCAUUUUGCAGCUGUUUUCCACCAAACAAGAUGAGUACUCUGGCAGCAAAAGGUAAGCCGCGCAGAUGUAAUCAAUAAAUUUUCGUGAAAGGUAACAAAAAGGCAAACUGAUUAGCUAUAAAUCAAAGAUAGCCUGACAAGUAUAUUGGUGUCGUUUCACGAUUCCCUGAAAAAAUCAGUAUAAGAAGAGAAAUCGGGCUUCCCACGAGCAAGUGCGGAGGCAAAGUGAGGCUCGUUCUUCGUGGUAAUCGAGUUUGAUUCACUCGCGUUAGCAGCAACAUUAUUACCAAACUACAAAAAAAACGCAAUCAAUAUUAAGUAUUCUGCUGUGCUUGUGAAUUGUUCAUGAACUGACUCGCAUAUAACUGCUAACAGGUUGAGUAGAUUAAAAUACAGUCAACUCUCCCGGUUUUUAGUCAUUUUACUGUAACUAUACUUAUUCUAUCUAUAAGACGGACACCUCUCCAAAACAGACAACUCGAGACAACGGACACUUUGACAAGUGCUUUAUGCAGUGAAAAAUACCUCAAAAAAGGAAACGUAGGUGCACUAUAUGACAAUACUGAAUUGCAAACUUUUUAAUAUUUUGCAGUCUUUCUUCAGUUCAUAGAGUGUAUACUGUUACGCUUUUAGACCGCUAAGUCGUGAACGUUUGCUUGUAAUGAACGUUUGAUUGUAUAAUAAGAAAAUGAUUCCACUUUUGCGUUACAAUAUUCUAGUUUUAGCUGUUUUGAACAAGUUAAGAAGACGUGUAUUCAUUGCGAAUGGGUUCAGCCUAAGUUUUUACUUGAGUCAAGUUACCUCGACCCUCUGUACUACAGAGGGUCGAGGUAACUUGAGCAGGACAUCUCUCUAAGACGGCAGUCGCGGCCGGUCCCGAAGGUCUCCAUUAAAGAGAAAGUUGAUUGUAAGUUCAGUGUUUUUAGUGAAACAAAAGUGUAAUUUGAAAAAUGCAAUGUUUCCAGCCUUUUCGAGUUUGAGCCCUUCCUCAGUCACAAAUUUAAGUGGUUUCUGAACCAUAGUAUCUUUCACUGGCUAGCCUGUUCCGGGAUGGUGGGGAGCGGGCGAAAACGCCUCAGUCUCCCCUCGUUUUUUUUUCCCUCGUGUUUCUUUUUGCGCUCGCCGCGUACGAUUUCACUCGCUUCCCACUAUCUAAACGCCUGAAACAGGCUAUUCAUUGGCUGGAUCCAUUUGUUCUGUUAAAGUGGCGGAUUACCAUUUAGAAAUAUAUAAUCCUGAAAGCCGGGACUUAAAAGCACUGACUGAAAGGUUCCUUUAAGCAUUUAACUUGUUCUAUUGUUACCGCCAUCCCAGUUUGAAGUAACUGAGCUAAAUUGUUGUCACGGUGAAAGCAUGACAGCCCGGGCUGUAUUUAAAGAUGAAACGUUUUCGCCGAACAAGCCACAGGCACCAGAUAGUUAGAUAUUACGAAAAUUGGCCUCGUGACAGGGUGGACAUAAAAGGUUUCUGUCGAUCGAUAUCAUUUUAAGAAAGGGUUAGUUUUGGCAUCUCACCUCCCGCGUAUACUUUCAAUCCCGAAACUCACCGUACCCCGAUUAUAUUUGCUUUCAAAUCCGGAAUCCCGAGCUUCAAAGAAGGGAAAUCCCGGAUGCCGAAAAACCUAUUCGGCACCCGUCAAUUCGGGAUCCAACGCUAAAUCGAGCACUGCAUUUCACAUGAAUCUUAAAUCCCGCGGGUAAAUAAGUUAAAUACCAAAUCUCAAAAAAAAAAAAAAACAGUUUCGGACGACCCACAACAAUUCUGCCCAGAAAGUCCCANAAUACCAAAUCUCAAAAAAAAAAAAAAACAGUUUCGGACGACCCACAACAAUUCUGCCCAGAAAGUCCCAGAAGUUCCCUCAUUUUGAAUUUCCGCCAGUUUUUUAACCUAUAAUGUAUUACUCUGGCUGGGUCAAGGGAUUAUUUUCUCGUAUCAGUCACAACUCAUGGUGGGUUGUAUCCGUUUCAGGGACGAAAUUUAAUAAGUCACGUUUCAGCUUCCGCUUUUCGUUUUGCUUAACAUAUAAAACGUUCUGAGUUUUCGUCGGCAAAGAAGAUUCACUCCACGCCUUCAAUUUGUUAUCUCGAAAUUGACGCUGUGUAUCUCUGCAAACUGUUUUAAACAUGAAACAGCCGACUAGUAAGGAAGACAAGAUGAAAAACAGCAGAGAAACACUGAACAGCUUGUGUUCUGUGUCAGCUUUGCUGUUGUCUGUUGCGUGUUGUAUGGCACUAAUUCACGUGGAACUCCGAAUACACGAACAUCAUCGGCUGAUAUCACACUCGGUUACAGCCUGUGAUCAGAUGGAAACGCAGAUUCUGAGAAAAGUUCAGCAGAAUUACGAACGAUGGCAAGUUACGAAAGUUGAUGGCAUAAAAGGUCAUUUGCUUGGGACAAAUGGUAAGGAAAAGUUUUAUAAAAUUUUCUGGUUUUUGAUGUUAACAUCAGCUUGUUUCAGAUCCUGGCGAUUAAAAAAAUUAUCCUUGUUUAACAUAAGAGGAGCUUUAUCUUCAAAAUUUGUUUCGACUACCCGCUUAGAAUCUGCAAUAAGAGCACAAGCUUGUAAUCGGUGAAGCUGUCAAGAACAGAAAAGACUUUGUCACGGUUUUCGACGCCAUCUUGACGAGUAGGCAAAUGUGUGAGAAAUUACAGUGUUUGUAUGAGAAUCUAAUGUCGAAUAAUUUCCACAAAACGGCUGUUCUGAAAAAAAUAUCAAUUGUAAAGUAAAGCUACAGAGCAAAGGGUUGUCCUAAACAAUUUUGGGGGCGUACCUGUUCUUAAAUUUCUCUAGAGGCUUGCUUUAGAUUUUCCAUAUAUUUGUCUGUAAUUUUCCCGGGACUUUCGCAUGAAAAUUUUAAAAAAGUGGUUCUAGGUCUUCUAGUGCAUGUAACGCCCUUGAAUUUUUUCAGUAGAAUCCUUAGGAGCAAAGCUUUAGUUUACAAAUCAUAUUUUUUCAGAGGAGCCGUUUUUCGGAAAUUAUUCGACAUAAGAUUUUCAUACAAACACUGUAAUUUCUCACGCGUUUGCCUUAACUCGUAAAGAUGGCGUCAACAACCGUGACAAGGUCUACACUCAUUUUUUUUUAAGAAUGUUGUUUUUCCGGCCCAGGCUGAAUAUUCUUAUUUUUCUGCCGAUUUUAGGCUGAAAAUAUUCUUGUAUUAUUCUUAAAUUAUAGCUCAUCACAUUUCCGUUUUAGAAUUUAUUGGGGUAUCAAUUACAAGAUGUCACGUCAAACGACACUUGGCCCGUUUUGGCUUUAAAAAAAGCAUUUCGCACGCAAAAUUAUAUCUAUCCUUUUCAAAAUCUCAGCCUUGGCUUUAUUCUUAAAAUAUUCUUAAAAUUUCGCAAAUUUCAGCCUCGAUAUUCUUAUAAAAUAUAUAUUCUUAUAAAAAAAAGAGUGUAUACAACAAGAGCCAACAACCAACCGCAAAAGGAGUGAAAACAGCCCGUCCUGAGUUAGUUUAAAAGUAUCCCUGCACAUUUCGAAAGAAUGAUAUUAUAACAACCUUCAGCUACACUGAUACUUACAGUAAAUGAAAAUAAAAAUUUAUGAUAGUUCGGCUCUAUCGAACACAAAAUGAGUCCGUAUUUCCUUUGGGCUACAUACGAGGAGUUGGCUAUUUAGCAAAUGGACAUGACUUGAACUGAAGUGGGUGUACAAUGUUGGCUUAGCUCGGUAAGAAUUUAAAAAGAGUGCUUUCUUAUGCUAACUGAGGAUGCGUGUCAGGAAGAAAACCCGUCAAGGCAGCUGUCGUUUUUUAGAUUGUUUUCACCUUUGGGGGUUUGUUUGUUUUUUCUUUGGUACGAUGUAUAUUUCUGCUGCUCAGAAACGGCCUUAUUUAAUGUUUUGAAAGGUCUUGGCGAGUAUGAAAACGUCAAUUCAAGACGGAAGAGAGCGUCACCCGCUAACUCACGAACAAAAUCGGUCCAAACAGAAUCGCGAGUAAAACUACUCAUCAAAGAAGAGCUUCAAGUGCUGCAAAACCAAUUCUGUGCAAAAGAUGAAGAGCUUUGCCGCUCAGGACCAAAAGGUAAUGCAGGGAGACGGGGAAGACCCGGAUUCCGGGGGAGACCAGGUCCCCCAGGGAAGCCCGGGCCAGAAGGACCUCCUGGUAAACAUGGGCCAGUAGGACCUCCAGGACCCGUCGGCAUUAAAGGGGAUCUCGGAGUACCGGGGGUCCCUGGCCCGAUGGGUCCUAGAGGCCCACCAGGUCAAAAGGGAACCAAGGGUGAGCCGGGCCAGUCCAUCAUGGCUCCUUCUCUGCUGCAAAGUCCGGUUGAAACAACUGUCAAUCAAAGUCAGACGGCCAUCAUGAAAUGUUCAGCAGAUGGAAAUCCAACUCCACAGAUCACGUGGUCUAAGAUGAACUCGCGGCUUCCUGUGGGACGUCACAAGGUAGAGUCCAGUGGUGCUCUGAUUUUGAAGGACGUGAGGCCUGGGGAUGAGGGAGUCUACAGCUGUGAAGCUAAAAAUUUACUGGGGAGCGUUAACGCUUCAGCUAAGCUCACUGUACAGUGUAAGUAGGCCUGGUCAUAUAUAUAUAGAAAUAGCACAAGAAUUGUAGUUAUCCACAAUUACUACCGAAGCUCUAGUGAUUAAAUCUUAGAAAAUUAUAGUUCAAAGUGUACAGAGAAAGGCUGUAAGGAAAUCUCGUUCAAUACAACAUCGGGAAUACUUCACUCCAAAACGUGAUAUUAAAACACCCUUUGGAAAUUAUUUCAACAAAAACGCUUUCUGAACCCUUUUUAAUUUUGCCAACACCUAUAUCGGAACAUUGUUUGCUGUUAACGGUGUCAAGAAGGCCCAAAGCCCAGACGAGAAAACCAUUAAUCUACUUAAAAUAAACCACUAGCAAACACAUUUUGUGAUAAAUGAUCAUGACUUCUUAAACCGUGCUCUAAGUUAGACUUUCUUCAAUAAACGACCUUAUUUUCUAUUUCUCGCCAGUUGGUCCGCUGCUUUCGUUGUCAUCCAAUCGACUAAUAGCUGAAGAGAAACAAAACGUCACCAUCGCCUGCAAUGCUACUGGUCAGCCGUCACCUAAGAUGACGUGGUCCAAGUCAGUGGGAAGUUUACCUGGUGACAGAAUCAAGGUGCAAAGAGGAACCAUGAAAAUCUACAGUGUCACAAAGAAACAUGGUGGAGUGUACAUUUGUAAAGCGGAGAAUAUUCUGGGAAAAGCAACAGCCACAACCCUUGUUAUGGUAUUCUCUCCAUUGCGGCUUAAAGUCCGUCCUCCACAAGAAGUGACUCCUGUCAUUGGUUAUACUGUCCAUCUGCCGUGUUUGGCAGAGAGCGACCUGAGUCCUACAACUUAUUGGAGAAAGGAGGGCAAGUCCUCGCUUUCGUUGGACUCUAAUGUUCUUUCGAAUGGAACUCUGGUUCUUCAGAACAUCAAGAAAUCUCACGAAGGAUCUUAUAUCUGUAGAGCGAGUAAUGCCUUGGCAAGAAUAGAAGCCAAAGUUAAAAUCAAUUCUCCUGUCGUGGCUACUUCCUGUUCUGUGAUUAAAAAAUACGUCACCAGUGUAAGCGGAAAUUACGUCAUUGAUCCUGAUGGUGAGGGAGGUCUGGCACCAUUCACGGUCUUCUGUGACAUGACUGAUAAAAGUAGAGUUGGCGUGACAGUCAUUAGUCACGACAGUGAGAGUAGAACACAUGUUAAUGGAUGUGAAGAUCAGGGGUGUUACUCACGUGACAUUCAUUACACAGGAGCGAGUCUGUCUCAGCUGGCAAGUCUUACCAGAGUCUCUUCACACUGUGAGCAAUUUAUCGAGUACGAGUGUUAUAAUUCAAUGAUA